AUGAGUUUACCUUCGUGGGCAUCGGUACUCAUUGCACUAGCCUCUGUGGCCGUUGUGUCGUUAUCGGCCGAUUUUCUCUACAAUCGGUUGACGAGAUCGCCUUUCAAACCGGCGGGAAAGCAUUGCCUCAUUACAGGAGGCAGUACCGGGCUCGGAAAAGCUUUAGCUAUCGAACUUGCCAAGGCCGGAGCCGAUGUCACCAUUGUCGCGCGUCGAGUACCCGAGUUGGAAGCUGCUGCACAAGAAAUUAUGGCCAACCGCAAAUCCGAUACACAGAAAGUCAUCCACAUUAGUGCUGAUGUCACCUCCAAAGAAGACAUUGUUCGUGCGUUUGAUGAAGCGCAAGUGAAAAUGGGCCGUAAUCCGGAUUUCAUGUGUGCGUGUGCGGGCGCGGCUGUGCCAAGAUUCUUUUUGGACUAUUCGUUGGAUGAAUUUGAACGCGCGAUCCAGUUGAAUUAUUUAGGCCAAGUCUAUGCUGCUCAUCAAGCUGCAUCUCGCAUGCGAGAUUCGGGUAUUCAACAAGGAAAAAUCGUAUUUGUGUCAUCCAUGCUAGCCAUGCUCAGCUUUGUUGGCUAUGGUUCUUACUCACCUACCAAAUAUGCGGUGCGAGGAAUUGCCGAUACGUUGCGCAAUGAACUCAAGAAAUACAAUAUCGAUGUGCACAUAUUUUUCCCUGGCGGUAUCGAGUCGCCUGGAUUCGAUGUAGAAAAUAAAACCAAACCUGACAUCACCAAGGAGAUUGAAGGCGCCAAUACCCCGCAAAAGCCAGACGAGUGUGCUCAAUCUUUGAUGAAGGGAUUAUAUGCAGGUCAUUACAUGAUCAUGACGGAUUUCAUAAGCGAGGUUCUCAGAUGCACAUCCCGAGGCGUGUCUCCGACCAAUAACUUGGUCCUCGACUGGUGCUUGGCAUUGCUUGGACAGCCAAUUGCUUCCGGUUAUGCUCUUUACAUGGAUUACCUCGUAAAGACAUAUAAAUCGGCCAAAUAA